AUGUCGACAACGUCAAUUGCACAAUGUCCGCGUUUUGUUCAAAAUGCAUGGAAGAAAGAUUUAUGUUCGAAUUGCUUUAAAUCGAAAGAAGAACAUGCAGUUGUAUUGCAAACUGUAAAGUCAAUUCCAACAUCGCCACAAAAAAUUCCACCGCCUCCAGCGAAAAGCAUCAUUAAAGUAAAUUUCCCAACGACAUCGUCGAGUCACAACAAGAAAUCGUCGAGUAAGAAGAAAUCUGUGAACUUUCCUAAAGAAGUGAGUGAGGUGAUCGGAUUUGGAGGUGAAUGGUCGGGAUCAGAUGGAAGUGAUUACGAUGAUGAUGUGACUGACAAUAAUGAUCCAGGGAAGGAAGUUGUUUACGACGAAGACGAGAAUCUUCAACGUUUGACAAAAACAAACACGGAAUUCAACAUGAACAACGGGAAUCUUUUAGGUGACCCAACUUCAAACAUCAAACGAUCGUUUGCUGCACUUAAACUUGGAGCACCACAAAAAGACUCAGCUGGAAAGAAGCAAACACUGAAAAUCUCUGUAACUCCAUUCAACACUGGACCGACAUCAACAAAGUUCGAUAUCAAAUCAAAACUUCCAACAAAUGAAUCGAAAGAUGAGAAAUCGAAGAGUAACAAUGGAAUUAUUCUCAAAUCAAUUACAUCAACAUCAAAUGAAGGGAGUUGUUCGAAGACGAAUGGAAAUGAUGAAGUUGAUAAGUCACCAGAUUAUGAAGUGAAGAUAAGCAAUGAGAAAUCGUUACUUGAAGAAAUUUCUGAGACGCUUCUUAGUAAAAGAAUUGUUGUGAAUGAAAAGAAAGGAAAAGAAAGAGAAAUCGUCGAGUCAAAAUCAUCGGAACAGUCAAAAAACGACGUUAUCAAGGUGGAAAUCAAGAACCAAGAGAGCGUUACAUCCGCUAUAAUUUCAUCUGAUUCCACCUUAACAACAACAUCAUCAACAAUUUCAGCUGGCAAACGAUCAAUAACACGUGGAAAUGCAAUUUUAAAGGACAUGGAAAAGCCGAAAAUUCAAAUCUUCUCGAAAACAUCAGAAUCUGAUAAUGGAAGUGACAUGGAGAAUGGAACAACUUCUGAUUAUUAUGACGUUGUUGAGACACGGAAUAGUUAUGAAAAUAUUCCCGACGGUAUAGAUAACAACAACAAGAAAAUUUCCAUUUCAGUUGACGGUCCCGAUCCGAAAAAGACUGAAAACGAAGCAAUGAAAACUUCAGAAACUCUUCUUAAAAAGAAAUCACAUUUCUUCUCAAAUCAGACAGUUUCGGAAAUGUUCUUAGCACAUAAGCCGAUUAAUGAUGCGAUUAAGAAACGAAGUGAGUCUUACAAUUUAGCUGACAAAACAUUCGUUACAAGUAAGAUUACAAACGAUGGUUUAAUUGUCACGAAAAGUCACAUCAAUGAAGAUGCUUUGGAUUCGACUGGUUCAAGUUUUGACAGUUCAAGUAGCGAUGAAGAAUUGUCGAAUAAUCGAAGUGAAUCUGAUAGUGGAAUAAAUGUGAAAAGUGCGACAACGUCAGGAGGUAAUGUGAAGAAUGGCAGCAGCAGUAAUCACAGUUCGGAUUAUGAAGACAUUCAAGUUGCUGAUGAGAUUCAAAAAGCAAUGGAGAAAGGGAAAAGUCGUGCGUUAGCUGGUGAACCUGAUGGCAGGUCAGAUCCUGAUGGAAGUUCCGAAACUUCACCAGCACCAGCAUUGCCUCAAAAUCCUCCACCAUCUGUUGAUCCACGUCAAUCUUUUCUUCAUUCAUCAUCAGCAACUAACAACAAAUUCACGACGCCUGACAAGCCGAAAGUCCCAACAAAACCAGUGACAGUUAACAUCGUUAAGCCAUUUCAGAAAAGAAAUGCUGAGAUCAUCAUGCAACUUCAACAAGUCAUAAAUAAAGAGAAAUCAUUGUCAGCUGACUCGCUUGAUGUGAUGAAGUCACCGAAAAAGACGCGAGCUCCCGUUCCACCAAAUGGUGAAAGUGAAAUUCUGAAAACAUAUAAAGAAGAGCCUUAUGGAGAUGAUGAACCCAUCAUGAGCUUCAAAGAGAUUGCACAAGUUAAGAAUAAAAUGCAAGUGAAGACAAACACAGUUCAAUUGAAAGAAGCGCGAAGUUAUCCAGCAAUUAAUCCAAAAUUUCGUAGCUUAAAUCAUCUUAACAAAAGUCACGACGCUCAAGAAAAGCUUGAAAAGUUUGAGAAACUUCAGAAGCCAUCGACACCAGAACCAGCGCCACGUCAUAGCCUUUCAUUGUCACAAGAUUCACUCAAUGCUGACAUGGAGAAAUCUAAGAAAAAAAAGUUUUCAAUUAAGAAAUUUCUUCGAAUGGGAAACAACAAGACUGAGAAUGGAUCGAAGAAAGAUUACAGUCAUUAUGCUGACAUUCCCACAAGUCCCACAAGUGAUGGCGAUGGUCAAGGUGGCGUUCCACAAGUUAAACCUCGACUCAUAAUAAUUCAUCCUUUGGAUAUUAAUAACACUGGAGUUCAAGUCGUGAAAGACGCAAGCAGCGCUUCACCGACCUCGUCACCUGAAUGUGACAAGACUCAAAUUGUCGUGCACAAGCCACCUCCAGCGCCGCCUGUUCGAGCUGAUACAACAAAGCUUGAAGUCAAUAAGCCAUCACGACCUCCACCACCCAAAAAUACUGAACUUCGAUCAAAAAUAGAAUCGGAAGUCGAACAACAAGGUCAAUCACAAAAAUCGAAGGCACCGUCGCCUCCAAUCGACAAUGUUUAUGCUAAUUUGGGUGAAGUGCGAAAUUCCAUUGCACCACGUAAGCCUGAACGAACAGCAAGUAUGAGAGAGCGCGAAGCUAAAGCUUUGGAGCUUCAACGACGUCAACCAGUUGGUUCAUCAUCACAAAUCGACAUUGAUGAUGAUUCAGCUUCAAUUGAUGAAACUUGCAAAAGCGAAGAAUCAAUUAUAGCGAAACCAAUUCUUGUUAAUAUUAUAGCGGAUUCCUUUAGCGAUCGUAAGAAGAAAUUACUUGAGAUUGAAAACAUUUCAACACGAAGUAAAAUAGAAAUGUUUGAAAGUAAUGCUGUGAAGACAGAAUCGUCAAAAGUUUUAGCGAGUAAAUCGCCGCCGGUUUCACCAGUAGGUGGAAAGCAACAAACGACAACGUAUUAUCUUAACAAUGACAACUUGAAGUCAUCAGUUCAAAAAAUGAACGUGACGAUUGAUAAUUAUUUAAAGAAUAAGAAACUCAUAAGUGUUUCAGACACAAACUUACUCAACAAUAGUCGGUCACCGACACCUCCGCAAAUUCUUUCAAGCGCCAGUCAAGAGAUGGCGCCACUUACACACAAUAACAAUAAUCGCAAUUAUUCGAUUCGAAACAGCGGCACAAAUGUCAGCAAUAUUGAUUUUUGUGGAAGUGAAGCGGGAUUUGAUGUCGCACAAGGUGAUCCCAUUGAUGGCUAUCAAGCAUCUUCACGUUCCAAUAAAACUGUAAGUCGACUUCGAAUGCGAAAAGGAAGGAGUGUUGUUCAUACGAAUCUUGAAGAUAAUUAUUCAGCGGUUAUCGUAGCUAAUCAUGAAGCUUUAGCUCAAGUUCUUGAUCAACUUCAGCAACCGCAUAUGAUUCCACCAACAAUGCGCCCCAUCGCAAAUUCUAUAAAUCUUCGUUUUGACGAUUUCAUUAUAAUUGAUUCGAUUGGACUGGUCGUUGGUAAGAGCGUUUUUCAUCAAGCUGUCUGGCAGAAUUCAAUUUAUGUGACGCUUGUAUUGACAUCCGAUUCGAAUCAAAUGGUUUCGGGUGUAUGUAGUGAAUUGAAUCAAAUGAGCGGCGGUGCUUCGGGAGCACUUAAAAUGAUUACUGAAUUCUGCGAUUUGGUGCCAAACAACUACUUGCCAUCAAUGCCCACAACAAAAGUUCAGAUGGUGCAAGCCACCAUCACUGUACUGCCGAAAUUAAAUGUGGAAACACUCGAAGCAAUGGGUGCAAUGAUUAAGUCAAAAGCACAAAAUCAAAGUCUCUUCAAUGGCUCAAACAUUAAUCUCAACAGCAAUAAUAGCAAUCUCGAUGACGACACAAUAUCAAUGAAUGAAAAAUCGCCAUCGAGUGAUAUAAAGUUAAAUAAAAAUGGAUUAUUCGAUGAUCUGUUAUGUCGAGAAGUUAGCUUCAUUAUGUUGCAAUUGGUGAAUGGAUUAAAAAUGUUGCAAGCGAAAGGUGUUGAAGAAAUGCCGUUGGGUCUUUCAAACAUCAUCAUGUGUCGUGAGUUGGAUAAAGAAACUCAAGCGAGAUUAUGUAUUCUUCAAGGAUUAAAUCCUGACAUCUCAAGUGAUGAAGACGAAGAAAUGGGAACUUUAUGUCAAUGUGCUUUGAAAGUUCUCAAAGAGUUUUUGCCGGAAACAAAACUUACUCCUAUUUUGUCGCAUUUAUUAGAGCAAGAACGUGCUGAUACUUUAUCAAAAUCAAAAUCAGUGCUUGAAUAUCUUCUUUGGGGACCUGCUGAUGUUCCAAUAAAUGGUCCAUUACGUGAAAGAGAAGUGACGUUACAAAGAUGGUUAGAUUUGUCAAGAGCUACGGCAUUACGCUCACUGGCAGGCAGCAAAAUUGAUUUGACAAUUUACGAUGAAUGUCAUUUAAUUUUUCUUAUUCGAUCAAAUUCAAAAGCAAUGUUUGACGCAUCACAAAUUAUUGCUGCUAAUUUUAAUGCUCCUGCCAAUUGAAUACUCAUUCACAUGGGACAAGAUUUUCAUGAAACAUAAAUAUUAAAUGCAAAUAUAAAUAUUAAAUAUAUAUAAAAUAUUAAUUAUUAUCAUAAAUUAAGUAUUUUGGAAUUAAACUUUAUUUUCGGCAAUAAAACUGUUGUGAGAAACUUUACAAUUAAA